GAUCAGCGCAUGGAAUCUACUCGUAGUCGAUUACUACACACCACCUGUCUGCAAAUCCUCCUCGUUUACUCCAUACCAGCCCAGAUCUCCUACUCACUCGCUUCCAGUCAGCUCGAUCUCAGCUGUGGACUUCCUCUCCCAUCACCUUGCCAGCGCUCAAUCUUCAACGCGGAGCCCGCCCACCUGCACCACCGAGGCCGGUACCGAAGAGAUCACGCCUUGCGGGACUUUUCUCAUGGCCACUUGCGCAAUGAUCCUCCGGUAAUAUACUUCAAACAGCGCCAUGGCGGCGUAUGCUUCUUCCUCACCAUUCGGGAGUCACUCCACUUCGACCUCUGCCAACACAAUACCCUCAUCGAGAUCGAGUUGGACCGAACCAAAUAUCUCGAAGCCUGGACCUGGUUCCGAAAGAGUGUUUCCACAUAUCAAGGACAUCAUACAAGACGCAACGACCUCGUUUCAACCAGAUGAUUCGCUUACUCAUUCUCUCAAUGAGGUUGAAACUUGUAUUGCAACUGCGAAGGCCUCGGUCGACUUUCGGCGGCCUGAUGUGGCAUACAAGAACUAUCUACGGGCUUACGAGAUCGCUGUCCAGCGCAUACCAAAGCACAGAGAGUACGGGUUUUGGGAUAACAAUCAAACUUGGAGUACGAAGUACAAGACUGCACUGCGAAGGAUUAACGAAUUGCAAAGUCAGAUGGCACAAGUGAGGGAAGUCAUUGAAGAGAACAACAGACGACAUGGAACACAGCCACGCACGGUCUCGAGAAAACCAGUAUAUUCUACUGGGUUUGGUGUGCCUCCGGCACUAGCCCCUGGCCGAGGUCGACCUCCGUCCUCUGAGAACGAGAAUAGGUCCAACAUCGAGCAGUCGUCUCCUCACCCAUCAGCCGAUCUUCCUGAUGCGUUGCGCAUACCGCGAGCACGUCCAUCGAGUAAGCCGCACAAACCAGAGAGUCUCCAAGGACGAUCUCUCAGUGAACACCAGUCCAAUGAUCUGAGUCAGCGCUUUGCUCGGUUGAGAGGUCCAGGAAAUACCCAUGAAGAUGCGACAGUCCUCGCCAUGCCUAAAGCAACCGAUUUCCAGCUAGGCCUUUCGAAUCCCCCCAGGCCACAAUCGUAUACACCAUACACUAAUCCAAACAUCAAUGGGGUGUCCAAUCACCGAUUAAACGGGCCUCGGGACAUGCCAGGCUUUGGGAAUGCCCCAUCGCUUCCGCCGAAGGUGCCUCUUACUACCGACAUGGUCAUGCCAAAACCACCGAGCCCGACGUACAGCCCAAUCACGACUACUCCUAUUGCCUCCCAUGCUGGUGGCAACCGCUUGUCAGCCGAAGGUGGCCGCCCGCCUUCGGAGAGAAAGCAAACUUACUAUAAUCAGUCGCAAAACUCAUCAGCAACUUCGCUACACCUGCAAAGAACACGCGAUGACAUUUUGUCUCCCUAUAGACCAACCACUCCUAAUGGAAUAAAUACAGCCAUUAUCGCCAAGAGUAGCUCCAGCGAGAUCCCUCACAAACCUUCAAUAGACGCUUCAACCUUGGUCGAGUACAUGAAGAAAUAUAAUGUGCUUUUGUUCGAUAUUCGGGAGAGAGUGCUCUUUGAUGAUGGUCAUAUCAUGUCGAGUUCAAUCAUAUGCAUCGAACCCAUCUCGCUCAAAGAGGGUGUGUCGGCGGAAGAACUAGAGGAACGACUUGUACUGGCUCCUGACAUUGAACAAUCACAUUUCUCCCGGAGAAACGACUUCGACAUUGUUGUGUAUUAUGAUCAGGACACGAGCGACAUUUCUUACUUGAGGGGACCACCGUCCAUGACAAGGGCUCCUGCACUAAGAGCACUCUACGACACACUUUACGAAUUCAACGACACAAAGCCGCUGAAAGACGGGCGACCACCAGCUUUGUUAGCCGGUGGUAUCGACGCGUGGAUCGAUUACAUGGGUACCCAUUCUCUUGCGCGGUCAAAGACUGCUGCUACACUUGGCACCACACAAAGAAGACGUGCGGUCGGUAGUCCUGGUCGACCCAUUGCACGACAGCGCCUGGUCUCUGCCAAUUCACGUUAUGAAGUCCGCAACAGACGUCUUCGCGACCACAAAUUUCUCGACGAAAGCGAGCAAGAAGCUUGGCGGCAACAGGCUCUACAGGAAGAAGUCGCACCAACUGAGAAACCCGAAACGUCAAGCGAUGAAGAGUAUCCUGCAGUGGAAGAAGAGCCACCACCGCCGUCACCAUUUGUUCCUGACUAUGAGACCUUCCUCCGUCGCUUCCCGUCAAUAAAGCAGCAGCAGUCCAUGAUCAUGCCUGCACGACGACCUAUGCCUUUGCAUCCCGCAGCACAACUGCCUCCAGCUGCUGUACAUCAGGUCCCGGCAAGACCCCCUCCCGCAAUCCCGCGACCGAGUUAUUCCGGCCAAGCUGAUAUUAAUGCACCACAACCAGCCCUUGCAAGAGUGACUUCCGCAAGCCGGCCACCGCUAUACUCAUCAGCGACCUCUGUCCGUAAUAAGCGGCUCCCGAAGACUGGUCUAACCAAUUUCGGUGUCACAUGUUACAUGAAUUCAACUCUCCAAUGCCUGUCUGCGACAACUCCAUUGUCUUCCUUCUUCAAUGAUAGAAUGUACGAAGGAUAUGUCCAACGAAACUGGAAAGGCAGCAAUGGCAUCAUGCCCAAGCUAUACGCCAACCUAAUCCAAGCAGUCUGGCAGGGCGACAACGAAGUCAUUAAGCCCUCCACAUUCAGGAACUUCUGCGGCCGCAUGAAUCGCGAGUGGGUGAUCGACCGACAACAAGACGCCAAAGAAUUCUUUGACUUCCUAGUCGACUGUCUUCACGAAGAUCUGAACGUCAACUGGGAACGCACGCCCCUCCGCCCACUCACCACAGCCGAAGAGAUGCAGCGAGAACGCAUGGACAUUUCCCAAGCCAGCCCAAUCGAAUGGAAGCGCUAUGAGCACCGAGAUCACAGUUUCCUGUCGUCCCUGUUUGCGGGCCAACAUGCUUCCCGCCUCCGCUGCCUGACAUGUAAGCGUACAUCGACUACGUACGAAGCAUUCUACAGCAUCAGCAUCGAAAUCCCUCGCUCCGGCUCCGGGCAUAUCUACGACUGUCUGAACAGCUACUGCCGCGAGGAGAAACUGUCGGAGCUCUGGCGCUGCCCGUAUUGUAAAUGCGAGCGCGAAGCGACGAAGCAGAUCAUCUUGACGCGUCUGCCGCAGUUCUUGGUCAUCCACUUCAAGCGCUUCGCAGCGAGUAAGCACGAGAAGGCGAAGAAGAUACACACCCCGAUUGAGUUCCCGCUUUACGGACUCAGUAUGGACGACUUUGUCAUUCCCCGACCACCGAGCAUGCCGGAUGGAGAUGGGCACGUCGAUAUGGCGACCACGCCGCCGUACCAUUACGAUGCGUACGGUGUAUUGAGGCACCUGGGGAAUAGUGGCGACGGGGGCCAUUAUAUCAGUAUCGUCAAGGACCAGGGGAGAGGGUGUUGGCGAAAGUUUGACGAUGAGCGGCAUAUGGAUUUGGAUCCAAACAAAUUGCCGGCCAGGGAUAGGCUGCAGAAUGCGGAGGCAUACAUCGUAUUUUAUCAGCGGGCGCAGGCGAGGUAGAAUUGAAUUGAAGCGAAGCGAACGUUUUUUGGUGUGUUGGCUGUCCGUCUAAGUUGGUCUAGCAUUGGCAUUCUAGUCUUGAUGGUCUGCAAAAGACUUGUGUGAAGCAGAGGCGGGCUUGAAUUGACGGCCUCUUUUCUGGUGUUGGUUCCGAAAUUGCCAGGCUGGCAGACUGAAACAAAGCAAUGCAUGGUCAUGAGGAUUGGCGAGGGACAAGGGGUCUUUUCAAUGGACGGGUUGUUGGGUUAUGAAGGUUAUGAAGCGAAUAGUAAAAGCAAUGCCUUGAAAAGAUUGUAAAUCCACGUCGCUAAUCGAAAUA